CUCCGCUGAAGCAGCCAGUGAAAAGAAGGAAUGGAAAAUCCAGAAAGAGUCUCUGGAAAGGAAGGUCGGCCCAGCAUUGGAGAGGGACGAGUGGAUGACCUUAGACUUUGCGUCUCUGAGAGCGACAUCAACAGCCGAACUAAGAGCAGAGAGACAGAAGGAGAAAACACUGGAGCGUGAAAAAGUUGAGGCCGUAGAAAAGGUAACACUGCAGGCCAGGGAAUUAAACCCGUUCUGGAAGGACGGCGGUUCAGGGCUGCCACCAGACGAGGGGGAUGUAACCUCACUUAAGAAAGUUCAUCAUGUUGAGGACGGUGGCCUGAGCUGGUUAAAAAAGUCCUUGCAGAGGAUGAGGGAACAGGCGGAAAAGGAAAAGCGGAACCUGGAAGACGUUGUGGCUGAAAGAUAUGGGUCUAUGGAAAUCUUCCAAAGCAAAAUGGAAGCUGCAGAUAAAAUGGCAUCACAGAAUUCUAGAAGAGAACAAGAUGACCGACGUGAAAAAUGGAGGACACCUAGACAUCAUGGCGAUGACUAUCGGAGGUCAGCAAGACCAGAUCGUUCUGGAGAGUAUGAGAGACCUCGAGAUAAAUAUGAAAGCUCACAUGACAGACAUUUCCAUAGAGACGACAGAGCGUAUUACUCUGACAAAACAAAGGAAGAAGAGAGAGACUCAAAGAGGGACAGAGGAGGAGCAGAACGUAGAGAAUAUCUGGCCAAACGUUUGGAAGAGGCUGCUGUCCCAAACAGUAGCUCUUCCAAACUCAAAAACAUGUUCAUGAAACCAUCUGAAGAUGAUGGGUCAAUUGCUACUGGAUUUAAGCCACAAAAAAAUAACCCUGCUUUCGUAAAACCUGAAACUGAUGAGCCUCUGCCGUUGUGGAAGAGGAAAGUAGAAAGCAGGGAGGAAAAAAAGCAAUCCAGUUUAGCAGAUGAUGAAAUCAAGCAACCAACUAAAAGAGAAUCCCCUGAGAAGGAGAAGAGCCCGCGGGAAACGCCUCCAUCUCCAAGACCUGAUACAAAAUCACAGCCAGUCCAGGUACUUACUGAGGAAGAGAUGAACAAACUUGGCGCCAAGAUUGUCAAAGCGGAAAUAAUGGGUAACAUGACGCUGGCUUCAAAACUUCGAGCUCAGUUGGAAGAAGCUCGUCAACAGAGACAAACCCAAGCACAAGCUCCCGUGAAUGUCAGAAGAGAGAAAUCGGAGGACUUGAGCUCAAGAGAAGAUCAAGAGGUUCUCCUUGUCAGGACGGAUCAGUCAGGCAGAGCUUGGCCUGUGAACUCUUCUGGGGAACCAGUAGAACCAAAGGGAGGAAGGAGAAAGAGACCAAACCUAGAGACGCAUGUCGAUAAAGAACGGGUUCGCUAUUUUCAUGACGAUGACAACCAGAGUCUCCACGAUAUGGUGAAGAGAGAAAAGAUGGGAACAGCUGAAGACCAGAAUAAACUCUUUAUGAGGAUGGCUUCAAAGUUCAGGGAGAAGACUGACCAAGAUUAUUACAGCCUGGAUGACAUGUUUGUCUCCAAAGCAGCGAAGAAGGAGCAUGCUGGUGAGGAGGAGGAGAGGGAGAGACAACAGGCAAUAUAUGAGCAUCGCAAGCUGAAUGCCAGGAUGGAGAAAUGCCCAUUCUGUUUUGACAAUGCUGAGCUUCCAAAACAUCUUAUCGUUGCUAUUGGUGUCAAGGUCUAUUUGUGUCUCCCCAACCACCUCUCUCUCACAGAGGGACAUUGUCUGAUUGUACCUCUACAUCACUACACGGCUGGCACACUGGUGGAUGAAGAUAUCUGGAAUGAAAUUCAGAUGUUCCGUAAAACACUCGUUAGGAUGUUUGCUGAGAAAGGAUUGGAUUGUGUAUUCCUGGAAACUAACAUAAACAUGAAGAAGCGUUUCCAUCUGGUAUAUGAAUGCAUCCCUCUUCCUAAGGAAACCGGAGAUAUGGCACCGAUAUAUUUCAAGAAAGCAAUCAUGGAAUCUGAUGAAGAAUGGUCCAUGAAUAAGAAGCUGAUUGAUCUUUCAACAAAGAAUGUUCGACGAUCAGUUCCUAAAGGUUUGCCAUACUUCUCAGUGGAUUUUGGGCUACAAGGUGGAUUUGCACACGUUAUUGAAGAUCACAACAAGUUUCCACAUUACUUUGGCAAGGAAAUCAUUGGCGGCAUGCUGGAUCUGGAGCCCAGAGUUUGGAGAAAAGCCAUCCGUGAAAAUUUUGACGAUCAGAGGAAGAAGGUCUUGCAGUUUUCCCAGUGGUGGAAACCAUUUGAUUUUACUAAAACUAAAGAAUAACUGGGCUAUGUAUUUUAUUUUUACGUUGUACCCUUGUGCAUAUUUUAGCAGUGUACAUGGUCUUUUUACAUCUGAUGUUUGUAAAAAAUACUUAAAAUAUUUUGUA